UUCAAAAUGCAUCCAAACUGUGUCCAGAAUUAGAUUUGCAAGCUGCACCAGGGAAGUUUUCAUCAGCAUGCCUUCUCUACGGAUGUUAGCAUUGUCAGAAACCAAGGAAGACUAUGAGAUGGAUUGGUCAGCCAAAUGCCUAAAAGAGCUUUUCUAUUUGCAAGAACUUGAACUUUUGAAGCUAUACUUCUACAGGGAAAGUACAAAAAUACGGAGAAUUUUGUUUUGGGAUGCUUUGCCAGCUAAUCUCAGGAAAUUGACCAUAAGUUGGAGCUAUCAACCGUGGCAGAAUAUGAUCUCCAUUGACUUGUUACCCAAACUGGAGGUGCUCAAACUGAAAAAUUAUGCUUUCCAAAGGCCAAAGUGGGAACCAAAUGAAGGGGGCUUUCGUGUUUUGAAGCACUUGCUGGUUGAGAUGACUGAUCUAGUGUCAUGGGUGGCCACAAGCAAUCACUUUCCACGUCUUGAGUAUCUAGUUCUCAAGUCUCGCAAGUACCUGAAAGAGGUUCCCCAUGGUAUUACAGAAAUUUCUACCCUGAAGCGGAUAGAGUUGCACAACUGUAGUGAAUCUGCAAUAAUUUCUGCUACAAGUAUUGAAGUUGAAAGCCUUGAUGUUGUCAUCAAAAGCAAUAGAUUUCAGCACUCUGCAUAAAGGGAAGCUUUGAGCUGCGGCUUGCAAUUUCGAUUUCCCACCUGAUCUGGAAUUGCUUCUUGUCAUCCAUCUUGCUGAGGCUUCUCGUAAAUGCUGCAUAAGAGAGUGGAAGGCCAGCCCCUACGCCAUAUGAUGAAAGCGUUUCAAGGUCUUGGCAUGUACCUCGUUCAUUUUAUCUUGAAAUUGAUCUGAGAUUUUCUCCUAGUCCUAGGUAACGAUUGAGCAGGAAGCUUCUAAUACGUCUUGUUGAAUAUGAAUGGACAAGAAUCAAAUGAAUCCCAUUUGGCUAGGAAUGCUUAUA